UUGUUGAAUCUCUGGAUUUUCUGCGAAUACAUUAGUAGAUCUCUAGGUGCUUAGAAUCUUGUUGCUUUGUCUGUUGCGAGAUGUUCCUAAGAUUGUGGUAAGACUACCUGUCAAAGGUGGCUCAGUAUAUGUUGCUACGUGAGGUAGGAUUUUUCCUGAUUGUAUAUCGAUUGACUCAUCUAACAAACUCUCCGUAGAUAUUGUUAAGGAGCGAUCAUCUUUCAAGCUUGGAUUUAUACACACGGUUACCAUCAUUUCGAUUUGACGUCUCUUUAUUUUAUUUGCAUAAUCUCUCUAUUUCUUCUAGCGGUUCCCCUGAUUUGACUUUAAGCAUGGCAAUGUAACCUCCCAUAUUGGCUUCGGCGCUGUCAAACAGCCUUACCAUGCGCUGGCUGAUAAUUGUAGUAAAUUUAAGUCGCCACCAGCUUGGGAUCGUCCUCGCCUCACCACAAGUCACUCAACGUUUAUUUUACUUCUUCAGCGUUAGGGCUAUGACUACACAAACAAACACCCUCUCGUGAUCAGUUAUCAAAUAUUCUGCAUUUAACACAAUAGACAGGCGCCGUGGGGAAUGGGGCUCGAAAAGGAACAUGGUCGACCCAGGACCUUCUCACGCCCCGCUCACAUCACCCACAAUGCCGCGCGGAGCCUGCUGCACGGGUUCAAUAUCAAUGACGAUGAGACACUGGACUUCCUGGCCGGUCUCGUUGCUUCCGGAACGGCAUGUCCCGAAGCUAUCGACGACCUGUAUCAAGCCGGGCUGAUGGCGCCGGCUGAGGAUUGGGACUUCAUGAUGCAGUGCGCUAAUUCGCAUGUGCAGCUUCAUAACGACAGAGAAACUCGGGAUAGAUAUACAACGUCUUCAGAAGCAAUUUUGAGCUGCUUGAACGGGCUACUUGGCGGCGGCAGUAUUAAAUCUCUAGAGUCGACCCAUCCUAGAGAUGUGGGCGACUUGCAGAGUCGACCUCCAAGUCGUUCAGAUAGGCAACCAAGGAGAAAAAGCCUUGUCAAGUCUCCUUUUUGGGUGGAUGGAUCUCCGAAUGCUGAAGCUUUACUCCAGAGACAGAGUCUGAUAAGGAAACCUGCCGUCGUUGCCGCACAUGUAGAAAAGCUCCAGCCUAAAGCUCUUCUUCCACAAAACACGCCGGCCGAUUCAACGACACCGAUCCAGGGCCAUUCAGGCACGGCAGCUUUGACACUUCUGCCACUAGCACCAUCAAAACCACCGCUUAAAGCCAAGUCUGGGUUAACAUCUGGAUACUUCCAUCACUCCCCACCAAGGUUAUCGCCAGGAAAACGAGGCGUCGCCAUCUCUGGCCUACCCUUCCCGCCCCUCGCAUCAUCCAAAUUUGGCCUCAUCCAGGAGGAGCUGGCUCACUCGCCGUUCCAGCUCCUCAUCGCCGCGCGCCUUCUCAUCAAGACGGCCGGCAAAGCCGCGAUCCCAACGUUCCGCCGUCUCGUGGCCAGGUACCCGACCUCGGAGGCCUUUGUAGCAGCGGACCCGGACCAGCUGCUCGAAAUGAUCCGCCACCUGGGCCUAGGUAUGGUCAGGCGCGAGGCCAUGUUGCGGUACGCCAGGAUCUGGGUGGAGCGUCCGCCGCGGAGGGAGGUGCGGUACGGCGUCAAGAACUACCCGCGACCGGGGGAUGCAGCUGAUGUUAAAGCUGGGGAGGAGUUUGGACCCGAGGAUGAGGACGAGGUGACUGUGGGAGGCAAGAUGAUUCGGCGCGGGCUCGGGUCGGCCUGGGAGAUUGGUCACAUCACGCAGGGCCCGUAUGCUAUCGACUCGUGGCGUAUCUUUUGCCGGGACGAGCUGCUCAGUCGAGAAGGCAAGGGAAAGAGUAACGGUGGGCAGUUUCAGCCCGAGUGGAUGCGCGUGCUGCCGCUAGACAAGGAGCUGCGAGCUUACCUAAGGUGGAUGUGGAUGCGUGAGGGUUGGGAUUGGGAUCCUAUCACUGGCGAGAGGGAGGUUUUGUCUGAUGAGCUGAGGCGUGCUGUCAAUGAUGGUCGAGUUGGGUAUGAUGACUUUGGCCAGUUGCGAAUUGUCGAGAGUGAGGUAGCAGUAGUAGAGGGCACAAACACAAGAGUAAAGAAGUGAUUUUGUGUUUGCGAAGUGGGCGCCUUAAUUGGUAUUGAUUAAUGUGUGAGGCAGGCAGGUGCCUAAGAUGGCACCGGUGCUCCCUGAUCCAGGAAGUUGCGUUCCAGAAGCUGUUGCGUGGCAACGUUUUACAGCAUGAGCAUGUUCCAAAUAACUGAGGAUUCUGAAGAGGAAUUUGGAAAACCAGACAACCAAGUCUUCCACCUGCUCAUCCUUGAUCUUUAACUACUUUUCUGCAAAACCUUUUGACCUCAAAAGAUACUUUACAUCUCUUGUACGGGUAUUUAGCAAAGUCGCCCACCAUUCACGACAAACCCUUCCAAUCCUACAGUCUCGUUCUCAACCUCG